CUAAAAUUAUCUGCUGUCAGUGUCAUUCAGUUGUCAAAACACAGAAUGUAAACAACAAAUUUUAUUAGUUCCUAUUUUAUAAUAUUUAUUUAUAAAUAAAAAAAUAAACACUUUACCAUCAAAAACAAUACCCCAACUACAAAAAGAGCAGGCCCCAAACAUGUACUACUCACAGAUAAACCGCUUUUUUUCAUCUUCGGCCCUUUCCCUUAACGCCCUUCAACAUUUAAAGGAGCGUUCCCUUAUCCAGGCCAAAGGGCCGGACGUAUCAGAAUUCUUACAGGGCCUUAUAACCAAUGACAUUCACCAUAUUAGUGAGGGGGUCGGAAGUAUGUUUGCCAUGUUCCUUAACAACAAGGGACGGGUCUUAUAUGACACAAUCAUCUAUAAAACGGAAGAGAAAGACAGUUAUAUGCUCGAAUGUGAUUCUGGUGCAAGCAGUGCUUUGGCGAGGCACCUAAGCAUGUUUAAAGUAAAAAGAAAAGUGGAUAUAUCAACUAUGGAUAGUUAUAAAGUGUUUGUUUUGUAUAAUGGUGACAUAGUUGGUCAAAAGAAAGUUAAAGAUUUCAGUGUCCUUAAAGAAUACGAUAAAGACUUAAUGCCAGUAAACUCAUUAGAAUUUAAGAUGGUUGAUGAUAUGUAUGUAUUCAAGGACCCCAGGGUGCUUCAACUAGGUUUUAGAGUGCUUUCCCCCAAAGGUUCCCUUACAGAAACAUUAUUAAAUCAAUCCAUACCCUGUAGCAUCUCAAAUAAUUAUAAAAAACUUAGAUAUAGUUUAGGAAUUGGUGAAGGCACUGAAGACUUGCCUAUGGGCAACGCUUUUCCCUUGGAAUGCAACUGUGAUUAUUUACAUGGGGUCAGUUUUCAUAAAGGAUGCUACAUUGGGCAAGAACUGACUGCCAGAACCUAUCAUACUGGUGUGAUACGUAAACGGCUUAUGCCCCUAUUUUUUGCGAAAAUUCCCUCAAAUUUACCUGAAGAAAACAAUAUUUUCCUGGAUCAGAAAAGACUGGGGAAAUUAAGAGGGAUUGAUGGAGAUGUGGGGUUAGGCUUGCUUAGGGUUAGUCAAGCUUUAGAGCAAAAAAAUAUCCCUAUUGGAGAUGGAGAAGCGACUGUGGUGAAACCUGAUUGGUGGCCCAUAGAGUUACCUAAAGAAAAAUUGAAUGUACAGCACACAACUUUAUAAAUUUUGUUGUUAUUUUAUUAUUAAAUUGUUUGAUUUGUUUUAA